CCUGUGAGAAAAUUACUUCCAGAAAAUCCUGAUGAUUUGCUGAGGGUUAUAACUGAAAACAACGUUAUUGUAAGUAGACAUUGAUUCAUUUGGGAUUGUGCUUGCUAUAUUUUUUUCCUUUUUUUUUUUUUUUUGGUGUUAGAACUGGCCGUAACAAUAAAAGCUCUAGCAAUGAUAAGCUUGAUAGGCAUAGACACAACAUAAUAUAAUCAAUGCAGGCCAAUUUGCAGAUCAACCGGGAGUUGGCUUUUGGUGGCUUAAGUAGACAUUGAUUCAUUUGGGAUUGUGCUUGCUAUAUUUUUUUCCUUUUUUUUUUUUUGGUGUUAGAACUGGCCGUAACAAUAAAAGCUCUAGCAAUGAUAAGCUUGAUAGGCAUAGACACAACAUAAUAUAAUCAAUGCAGGCCAAUUUGCAGAUCAACCGGUAGUUGGCUUUUGGUGGCAGUUUAAUCAGUCAAUCUGCCUGAAAGAUGACAAGAGGUUAGCUGUAAAUCUAGAGAAUUUCAAUGAGUUAUUGGAUGUUUUCAAAGGGAUUUUAUCAAAUUUUAACAAGCUUGGGUGUUGACAAGACUAAGUCUGCUUUCAUUUCCUGCCCUCUUCCUCCCACCCAUCACCAUUCACUUUCUAAUUUCAUUUUUUGUUUCUCUGACUUGGCCAAUGUUUUCACAAUUACACGGGCACACACCUAAUGGUAAUAACAUCAGACUAAUUUUUCUGUCAUGACCUGUCAAGACUUCAGAAGCUUGAGAUGAUGUAACCUAGCGGCCGUCUCCCAAUCUUUUUCCUCAAAGAUAUGAGGGGUUGUUUUCAGUUUGAUUGAAUUGCAAAAUGCCGCUCCAAAUUCCUCAGGCUCUGUUGCCAUGGUUAUAAAAGCUGCAUACAGUGUGAAGUCUAAAAAUGGUGUCCACCAGUAUGUAAACAAAUGUGCCGCAGUAAAAAAAAUAUUUUGACGCCCCUUGUUAAACAAGUUAAAAAAGUUGAGGGGUGGUUGGCUACAUUCACUCCAUUGUUGCAAGGUCAGAAAUGUAAAAUACAAUAAUUUUGAAUAACCUUUGCCUUAAUGUUGGAUUACAGGGAAGAGCUGUCCGUCAGUUGCUUAAUGAAGCAGUCAACAACAUGUACUCUGGCAGCGAUGCAGACUGCUUAGAUGUGUGUGAGCCACUGCUGGACAAAAUCUGGGAGGAGCUCAACACUGGUUAUUGGAAAGACGUUGAUAUUUGCUGGAGGGAGGCCUAUUCCCUUGUGUCGGUAUUGAAAGCUUUGAGCCUCAGCGCCUUGCUCUCCGACACCUCAAGGAACAUUGACCACAUGACCAUCUUGAGAACCUGCGACAUGGGGCUUCUGAUGGGCGCACCAAUAUUGAAUAACAUUUUGGCCAGGAUGUCCCGUGAGUUUCAAGAAGCUUUCGGGGUCUUAGGCAGCUGGAGGAGAGAAAUCUCUAAUGAAAUAAAAAAUGAUGUUGCGGACAAUCUAAUUAUUUUAGGCAGUGAUGCCAGUUUGUGUCAAGAUGAGAGAACUCCUGAGAAAAAAAUGAAGUUUGAAGAAGAUGUUUUAACUGAGAAAAAUAUGGAUUUACAUAUAGAGGAAUGUUUAAAACAUAAGAUGUGUGACGGCAUUCGGACCGAACAAUCCGACGUCAAUUCAGGGACAGACUCUGAACAGAAAUCCAAUCCACCAGCUGUUACUCUACCACAGCACGUUAAAACUCAGAAGAUGUCAGAUGUGCCCAGAUGCUCGUGUCCCUCCGUUGAAAUGUUCCAAGCUAUGUUCUGUGAGCCGGGCCAUCCUGUGGUCAUCACGGAUGCCAUCGGCUAUUGGCCCGCCUUCACCAUGCGCAGAUGGACACUUGAUUACCUGCGGAGAGUUGCUGGCUGCCGGACGGUCCCUGUAGAGAUCGGGGCCAGGUACACUGAAGACUCCUGGACACAGAAACUCCUGACCAUCAAUGAGUUGAUUGAUAACUAUGUGACCAAGCCCAACCCUGGCACAACAGCAUACUUGGCACAGCAUCAGCUUUUUGAUCAGGUGAGAAAUGGAAUAUGAGAUGUAGGCCUACUGCAGAAUUUUCCCUGUCUGAGAGGAAUUGACUUUGGGCGCUUUGUUAGCUUAUAUCUAAUUUAAAUUACAUUUAAUACAUUGAAUUUUCUCUGGUUUAUUGAUAUGAAAGUUUGGAUUCCUAGCUAGAGAAGGUAAUAAUAAUAUAUCUAAAAUUCGUAUUUCUCUGGUUUAGUGAUAUGACAGUUUGAUUUCCUAGCUAGAAAAAGUAAUAAAAAAUAUCUAAAAUGCAAAUUUCCCUGGAUUGACUGCCUAUCAAAGAAUUAUUUUCUUUUAUUAACCAUUCAUAUAGCAAGCAACUUACUCUCCAUACUUGGCACACAAUGGGUUUAAAGAGACUGAACACUCAACAGAACAAGUUUUAAUGUUGAAGUACAAAACAUUUGAAAUAUAAAUGUUAUAGUAUUCAUUCUUGUGAUUUUCUAAAAUAAAUGUAUUGUGGACUUGAAUAUGACCCUUGUUCCAUGGAAUUUCCACCAUCUAGACUCUAUAAACUUAAUUGCCUACUUAAACAUUGAUCACUCCCGUCCAAUCAGGUGUGGGAGUUACGUGAUGACAUCAGCGUGCCGGUCUACUGCUGCCUGGGUGAGGAGGAAGAUGUGGACAUAAAUGCCUGGUUCGGACCGGCUGGCACCAUAUCUCCAUUACACCAAGAUCCCAAACACAAUUUCCUUUGCCAGGCAA